GGCAACUCCGACUUACCUCAUAGAUCCAUUAUGCCCAGGGCCCACUUGAAAGCCGCUGAGAAACUGGUGGAAUCAACUAACGAGCAAAGCCAUCAACUUCAGGGCGCGCCAUCAACCACACACUCCUGGGUCAUGAGACCUAGCGUUUCUCGGCCUCAGACGGUACCCCUGCAACACGGGGCACGAUAUCUAGGCCGAGCUCAAGAAAAAGCAACGCCUCGUCUGGACGUCAACAACAGUUAAUCGCCAGAUUGCAACUGCUGCGGCAGUAUCGCCCAUUACGCGCUUGAUCUGCCGCGCCCUCGACUUACACACAAUGAAGCCCAACCCAUCACUGGGCUGUCUGCCCAACGAGCUCCUCAUCUUCAUCUUCUCCCAUCUGCCUACCACCAACCUUUUGCCCCUGGGGGCAGUCAGCCACCGGUUCUACUCGGUAACGCUGCUCAUCCUCAAGCAGCGCCUGGGCCAUGUCCUGUCGACGCCAGACCGCCGCCUGAUGCUCGAGUGCUACCACCCGGCUGAGAAGCUCUACACGCCCUACCUCUACUGCAACUACCUAUACACCGAUAGCUUCGCCGACCUCGAGGCCGGCGCCACCGCCUCACAGUCUCACGCCGCGUCUGACAGAAUAGCUGACUGGCGCAGCGGCCUGCGGGGAAUCUACUCGCACUUUCGGCCUGUGGAGCACGAUGAGGACCACAAUGACAAGAACCGGCCGCGACGCGGGCGGUAUUCCCAGGGGCGGGCGCAGAGCUGCAGCAGCGCCGUCGAUGCCGGUGCCGGUGGUGGUGGUGAUGACGACGGCGGCGGACUGUACGAGCGGCCGUCGAUCGAUGUCCACCUCGACGACUGCGAGACAUUCACGCAGCUCUGUACCGUUACGAACCUGGUCCAUCUGGGGCCCCGGCCAGGCCUGUUCCGCAGCCACGUCAACGUGAGUGACAGGGUGGUGUGCGUGUCGAGGGACUGGCUGGCGGCGCAGGCGACGAUGGGUUGGCUGAGGCAGAGGCAGCAGCGGCGGGCAGCUGGAGGCGUGAAGGCGCAGGCGGAGGAGGAGGUCAUGGAGGGUGAUGACGGUGUGCUAUGGGUCGACGUCACCGGCGAUGUUGGGUUGCGCUUCCGUGUCAGUGAGAAGGACAUCCACGCGGAGCACCCUGUACUUGUCGCGAUGGAGGAGGAGCUGCCCGUGGCGUACAGGUUGGAGUUUGAGGAGCUGUUGGUGCGGAGCACCACGCUGCUGACCGUGGUGGAGAGGUCGGAGGCACAGCAACUUGAAGUCGCCGCCGAGGCGAAAGCGAUUGUGCUAGCGGCUUUUUGAAUUGCAAACGUGAGGCUCCAAAGCACUGGACCUAGUUCGAGGCGUCAUCGACGGAAUAAAACAACUCAUGAUUCACUGUCGAUAAUCACGGCUGCGGAAACGCGGUAGCUUA